CCUCAAUCAUGCUCUCUCGCCUGCUGAAGGAGCACCAGGCGAAGCAAAGCGAGAGGAAGGAGCUGCAAGAUCGGCGGCGUCGAGAGGCUAUUGCUGCAGCCACUUGCUUAACAGAAGCCCUAGUGGACCACUUGAAUGUAGGGGUUGCACAGGCCUAUGUGAACCAGAGGAAGCUUGACCACGAGGUGAAGACAUUGCAGAUCCAGGCUGCUCAAUUUGCCAAGCAAACAGGCCAGUGGAUCAGCAUGGUGGAGAACUUCAACCAAGCUCUGAAGGAGAUUGGCGACGUGGAAAACUGGGCGCGUAGCAUUGAGAUGGACAUGCGGACCAUUGCCACAGCCCUGGAGUAUGUUCACAAAGGGCAGCUGCAGCCCUCCACCUCCUGAAGUGACAGCGUCCCUCUUGGUCCUUUUGCCGCCUGCACCGCUUGGGUUCCUACCCCUAACAGCACAAGAGAUGCAGCUUCUU